AUGCACUCGCAAUUUAAACUUCUCCAAGCCGCGCUGAUAGCCGGCUGGAUGACCGUUGCCACUGCUAGUUCUGGCGUCUUUGAAGUGGACUUGAUAUUCCCACGCAAUGAAACGUACACUCCCUCACCGCUGAUGCCUAUGGUAUUUGCGCUUCAGAAUCCGAGUAUGGCUGUUCCGAUGGAGGCUUUAAUCGAAUGGCAACUUUUGGAGGGAGGCAACAUUAGUGCCCCAGGCUCCAUUCUAAGCGGGGCCCUUGAACUGGACCUGAUGAGCUCGUUGAACGUCUCGACUGACUUGGAUAAGGCUACGCUGGACCUCCCUGGCUACCCUCUUCUGGUCACCCGUUACCUCGACACCUUUUCCUACCCCGACGGCUCUUGGAAUUUUGAAUGGACUCUGCAAGUCUCCAAUUGCACUUAUGGGAACUACGCGCCAAAUGUCUUGCAGAUGACGAACAACGUCACCUUCACCACCAGCAAAUUAGGGAAAGCGCCCGAUCUUGUGGCGGCAACAUCUGCUAGGACGUGCGACACCGCGGAAGGCUAUGCGUUCAACGCGACUAGUAUUGAAGCAACUUGCGGCGUACUUGGGCCUACCCCAACCACCAACCUGUGCGCUAUCACUAUCGAUUCGGCAGCUGAAUCCAGUUUAAUGGCAUUGGCCACCGCCCAGGCCUGCUCGAUUCUACAGCGCCCGAUAAACCCCAAUGUUACCUGUCCGUCUUCAACGCCCUUAAGCAAUACUGCGGGUCAAUCUCGCAUUACAGCGGUACCAGUAUUGCUUAUGGUGCUCGCUAUGCUGACCAUAAUGGCUUAUUUUGGAUGA